CGUCCUGCAUGGGCUGGGCACGCUCCCUCUCGCUCUUCCUGUUGCAGCCAUUCUAAAUCGAUCGCGGAGCAACGGAUCAGGGCCGAAAUCGAUGCCAUCGUCGUUCCUCCCCGUCCCUUGUCCUCGCCUCUCCCCAGGACACCUGCACGCGCCCGUCCUAGCGCCAGGCCCCGCAGCAGCAGGGAACGGAGUCUCAGCAGAAAGUUAAUAAGCUAUGGAACACGUGUUUACUCCGCUGGAAUGUCUGCUUCCCACUGGAAACCUGACGUUUUGCCUUUUGAUUCUUAAUCAGCCUUUGGACAAAGGUUACUUUCAUCCUCUGUGGAGCAAAGCUGUUCUAAGAGCUUGCGCUGAUGGAGGUGCUAAUCGCCUGUAUCAUAUCACAGAAGGAAAUCGUGAGAGCUUCUUGCCUGAUUACAUCAGCGGCGACUUUGAUUCCAUUAGGCCUGAAGUCAAGGAAUACUACAAGGUCAAGGGAUGUGAGUUGAUAGAGACACCGGAUCAAGACUUCACUGACUUCACCAAGUGCCUUCAGAUACUUCAGAAAAAAAUAGAAGAAAAAGGUCUCCAGGUAAAGCCAACUAAUCUUUCAAUCUCUGGUAGUGUUAUAACUAGGGUGACCAGAUGUCCCAAUUUUAUAGGAACAGUCCCGGUAUUCAGGGCUUUUUCUUAUAUGGGCACCUAUUCCCCUCACACUCUGUCCCGAUUUUUCAUACUUGCUGUCUGGUCACCCUAGUUAUAACUCUUCCUCCCGAGAGAGCCUAGGCUGCUGCAUUAAGCUUGCACUGAAAUGAAAUGGUUAUUUACUGUAGCCCUGACAAUCUGCACGGAGAGUAAAUAUUUGUUUUUGCUAGGUGAAAUUACCCUAGACAGACGGACAAACAAACAGCUUUCUUAAGACAGCUUGUAUUGAUUUGUGUUUAAUGAACUGCCUAACAUGUUGGAAAGUGAUUUGUGGGUGGUUGCUGGCGCUGGUGUUCAAAGCAAGAGUCCCACUUGGGUAUGUAAAUAACUCUUAAAAUCUUGGCACUCUGGACAUUGAUGCUGCCCUCCGAAAAGGAGUUAAGAAAACAAAGAACCUCAGGUUGACCAACGGCUUACUCCCUUUGAAAUCAAAGGGACUAUUUUCAGAGUAAGCAAAGGUUAAGCCAAGAGUGAGACAUGGAAUUUAGCUCCCCCUUCUCUGGCUUGGGGGAGCUGAUGAGGAGGAGUUCCUAGGGAUCCCAUCUUUUUCUUCCAGUAGAACAGCAACAGCACCUGACAGGGAAAGAAGAGAGAAUCCCCUUUUACUCCUCCUCUGAAGAAAGAUCUCUCCCUUCCACGGAUAACCUACAAGGCGAAAGGCAAAUCCUGAAAGGAGAAAAAGGAAAUACCAACUCCUGUUGCCUUCCCCAGAGAUGAGAGGUGAAGGAAACGCUAGCCUUUCACUCACUCUCUCCACUUCAGUGGUGGGGGGGGAGGGUGGGGGGUAAAGAUUCCAGCCUCCACCAGCUCCCUUUCUCUUACAGUGGAAGCGGGGAAGAAGGGAGUGUUAAUGUUACCCCCCACCCUGCUCCCUUGUUCUCUGUGCAAAUACAUAAUGCAUCUAUUUUGCUUAAAAUCCCUUUUGAAAUGUCUUCACCUUCUAAUAGGGAAGCAAUUCCCUGAGGCAUUUCUAAAGAUUCUGGUGAAGGAUCUCCCACCAUGCACCUUUUUAAUGUGCUUUUCCCAUCAAUACAGAGUCUCCAUCCUGAUAAAAAAUGAGGUGGGUGAUUCCCCUCCACACACUGCAGAUGCUGUUGUCUAGCUAGUUAUGAGUCAGGAAACCCUUUCAAAUAUGUUUGCUCCUUUGUACCCUCCCUCAUCUCCUAUGCACAAGGUAGUGUAAGGCUGCUUCACCCUGUAACACCAAGAUCUGUGGGAACAGACAUCAGAACUGGUGAGCUUUGGAAUCUGCUUUGACCACUGAGCCAGUCAAGUGCUGCUCAUUAUGAAUGAGGGUGGCAGAAUUGGACCCAGAAUGAGGAGGGACUACAGUAAACCUAAACUUGAUUGAGUUCUGCACCCUAUGCUCUUAUCAGUCCAAUUUACUGUGGACAGAUGGGUUUUAAAGGGAUGUCAUGAGAGGUUUAAAACUGAAUAAUAACCACACAGUUAAAAUUAGUGCAGUAGGAGUGUGACGUCUACAAAGGCAUUUCAGAAACAAGUAACCUCUUCCUUAAAUCUUUGACUGCUUUGAUCCCCCUUUCAUUGACUAGUGUAUUGUAUUGUAUUGUUAAGACUGAUAAAGGAUAUCACACUUCAAAUCCUUGAUAUUUUGUGAAGCACAAACCUAAGUGUAAUUGCAUUAAUUGUUCAGAAUGCUUGCUAUCGCACAAUACCUAACUUUUCAAUUCAACUAUAUUGUUAUGCUGCUAUAUGUAAUGACAGCUGAGGUGCUGACUUUGAAUUCGGUACUAACCUUUUGUUUUUCUGAGGAUACAAUCAACUGGAAAGGGCAUGAUUUCUCCAAACAUAGCUACUGUGUUUAUUAAAUGCUGGCUACUUCGUGUUCGAGGCGUCUAUUGCAUAAAAUACCUAAAAGCUGCCAUCAGUUGUGAGCCGUGCAAUUUGAUGGAAUACAUACAUUUAUUUUUCUAUUGUUGACCUUUCUCUUUCUAGCACCCACCUUAUGGCAGAAACAAUCACUGCUUCGAUAUACAUAAAUGACACAAAUGAAAUCCCAGACUGCAUCACAAAUCUAAAGUUUUAGUUUUUGUUGACAUUUCCUUCUGUUUACAAGCAUUAAGUGUCAUUUGUCAGGAGUAGCAUGGACACUAAUUUUGGGUGCCUCAAUUUUUAGGGGUCUCGCCUGAGAAACCCUGAUCCUGAUUUAGAGAUAAGUGUUUGCAGCUCUUGUGAUUCAAUUGGAGAUGCAGGUACGCAGCACCUCUGAAAAUCGGGCCCCUUUAUUAGAGUUUGUGUUUAACCUUCAACACCCAAAUUGGAAAAUUUUGCUUACAAGUAUCAAGGGAUGAGUCGAAUGGACCCCAAAACCAGAGGAUUAAAACACUGUUGAGUACAGCCAGAUUCAAGCAAUGCUGACAUUGGAUAAGGUAGCAAACAUCUGAUUCUGUGGCAAAAGGCUUAUCAUGGUGGCCAGCUUGAUCUCUAGAAGGGAAUAGUGAUCACUUGGUUCCCCAAAA